AUGGAAGGGUCAACCAAGACGUCAGUCCACGUCGCCGUGACGCAGGCAGAGCCUGUAUGGCUCGACCUAGAUGCCACGGUCGAAAAAACAUGUGUUCUCAUAAACGAAGCGGCGAAAAAUGGUGCCGAACUCAUUGCGUUUCCCGAAUGUUGGAUUCCUGGAUAUCCAGCUUGGAUAUGGUCACGUCCCGUCGACCCUGAACUCGGCUCGCUGUAUAUACGCAAUUCCCUCCAAAUCGACUCUCCUCAGAUGCGCCAGAUACAAGAAUGCGCAGCCCAAAACAAGAUUGUAGUCGUCCUAGGAUUUUCCGAAAACCGGCACCACUCGCUCUACAUUUCCCAAGCCAUAAUCGAUGCCGACGGCAAGAUCUUGGUCAAGAGGUCCAAGAUCAAAGCCACGCACAUGGAGCGGACGAUUUUCGGAGACGCCUUGACCGAGUGUCUCGACGGCGUCGCUGAUACGCGGGCCGGUCGUGUCGGCGCGUUGUCGUGCUGGGAACAUGCGCAGCCUUUGCUCAAGUAUCACAUGUACGCCCAGAGAGAGCAAAUACAUAUUGCGGCGUGGCCGCCUCUGUACCCGGCUGAUGGAGACCAGGGACAGUGGUCCAUGACCAGUGAAGGUGCACAAUCCCUCGCUAGAACUUAUGCUCUCGAAUCACAGGCCUUUGUCCUCCAUUCUACCGCCGUCAUUAGCCUAGCCGGAGUGGAUCGCAUGAAGACGCAGACGGGAAUCGCCAUGAGCGCCCCCGGUGGAGGCUCCUCUGCCGUUUUCGCGCCCGACGGCCGCAAGAUAUCAACAGAUUUACCCGAGACAGAGGAAGGUUUGGUGUAUUGCACCCUGGAUCUGAAUCUCAUUGUCGAGUCGAGAGCAUUUCUAGAUGUUUGCGGUCAUUAUAGUAGGCCCGACUUGUUGUGGCUUGGAGUGGAUAAGAAUGAGAAAGCCCGAGUGAGGGAAGUGAAUGGUCUGGCUCUUGGGCGCGGGGAUAGUGAAUAA